AUGAAGGUUUCAAUCCUCACCGUAGCAUUUGCUACAAUGACCGAAGCCGCAUUUCACGAGCGAAGGCAGUUUGGCAAUCCUGACGUCAGUGACUGUGGACUCGAUGCAUUCGAAGGGCACACAUCUGAAGCGCUGCUGUUCUGUUCCAACAUCUUGAAGUCGGGAACAGCUACAGCUACUAUUACGAAUGGGUAUACUACGACGACAACCACGACGGUAAAGACGACGGUGACUGUGCAGCCAUCGGCUACUCCUAAGCCGACACCAACACCAACACCAACACCGACCAUCCUCAGCUACAUCCUCUUCGACUUCUCUACCAUCUUCAUCAUCAGUUCCGACUUCCUCUUCGACUUCUCUAUCCUCCUCUUCAAUUCGGUCUUCCUCGACUCUUGCCUCGUCAAGUCUACUGUCAUCAACUCUUGCUUCCUCAACUCUUGUCUCUUCAACUCUCGUUUCCUCAACCCUAGUCUCCUCAACCAUCGUAUCAUCAACCCUCGCCUCAUCCCCAAUCAUAUCCACGCGCCCACCACAACACCCAGCUGCGGCGUCGCCGGCUACGUCAAAGUCACACCAGCCUACUACUUUGAAUCGAGCGGCACAAAAAACACCUUCGCGGCAUGCAGCGAGCUCUGCAAGGCGGAUUCCAAAUGCAAGAGCUUUGGCUUCGGCGAGGCGAAUUGCAUGCUUUUUGACGUGACUGUUUCCGAAAACACCAAUCUGAACCCCACAUCACCCUACACCUUCUACGACGCCACGUGCGGCACAGCACUCAAGCGCUCACCACAGCUCAACAUCUCGCUGGGCCUACCGGGCGGCGGUAUCAACAUUUCGCUUGGCCUCGGGCCCAGCGCCAUUUCGUCGGCCUGCUCGUGCCUGAUUACGCGCGGGCCCGCGAGUACCACCGUCACGCGCACCGUGAGCAGUGGCGUGACCAGGACGGCUACGCUGGUUAGUAGCGUUACGACGACUGUGGGCGCACCGCGCGGCGCUGCUGCUGCUGCUGCUGCGUAUAUGUAG